AUGCAUCAAAAACCGAACGGAAUUCCCCAGAAGAAGGCUAAAUAUUUCGGUGAAAGCUCGCCUCAUGAUCUUAGGGACCUGGAGCGAAAUGCAGCAAAGGCAACGCAAUGCCAGCUAGCCAAGGCUGCCUCCUUCCUUGAGCAAGCGUUUACUGGCGUGAAGACUGCUUGGUUUGGGGGAUGGGCUCUAAAUCUUCGUGGAUCACUUCGGGAGACACACGAUCUUAGUCUCCUUAUUCUUGCCAAAGACACACCCGAGAUAAGGUCUAUCCUAGAACAAUACAAAUGGGCAUUACUAUCAUUUCACCUCGUCCCCAGCACUGUUCAAGAGAGACUCUUUGUUGAUAUUGGAGAGGAGGGUCAGGUUGUUGGUGCAAAUAUCACCCUUUCAGGCGAAUUAGGUACACCAAAGCUCGACGAAGCAGAAUCUUACGAGCUUAUAACCCCAGCAUUCCCUACACCGCAAGGUAGUCGGGUCAAAGUCAUCCAUAUCACAUGGCAAGUUGAGACAAAACUCACCGCAUGGUUUUCGAACAGAAAACUCUCCGAUCUUUUAGAUCUGCAGUUCUUGCUAGACACCUAUAAGAACGAAAUUUCCAGGUGGAGUCAAUUUCUAGACAAGGACAUGCGAGAGACCUUCUAUGCAGUCUAUAUAGCUGCAGUGGAGGACGAGGAAAAGUGCAAAGUAGCAAAGGAGACCCUCUCUCUGUAA